AUGGCGCUCAAUGAUCACCACACAGCCCCAUCGCCCCCGGAGCGAAUCUUAUCGCUACUGGGUCUCGAAAAAUCGUCGAUAGCAGAUGAGCUUCGCCUCAUGGUAAGCAGUCGCUUCAGACAUCCCCAGCAAGCGCAGCUAGCAGACACCCUGAGCGCCAUGCAACCCACUCCUGCUCUUUCCAACGUGGCUUCGUGGUUCUCGCACCAAUUCGACCCCACCGACGACGUGGAAUACUAUCUACAAGAUCUUACUCGCAUGCAUCACUAUAUAGCAGCACACGAUCGUCAGCGCCCCCUACGUAGCAGACAUCUCGACAGUUCUGAAUCUGCUGCUGACGGUGCAGUGAUAAGACAGCUCCUACACUUCUACGCCUCGUUCGCAGACAGCAGAGACCGCCAUCUCCUCACGAAAAUCUACCAGACUCUUGGGCUAUCAAGAGCCAUCACGUACUGCGUCGUGGCCAAGACGUUGCCCUUCAAAGUCCAGAAAGAAUUUCUAGAUCUCUUCGCUGACGACCUACCGGAACUUCGUGAGUGGAUCAGCUGGCUAGACGAACUAGAGCACGCAGCAGUCAAAGUCGAAGGUGAUAUGGCAUGCGGACCAGGCUAUGAGAGCGCCGUAAACUUUGUGAGUAGGGCGAUCAAAGAGCACUGCAUGCUCACCGGCUUUCUACCCACCACAACGAGUACACUGAAGAAACUGGGUCGAUUCUACGAAACCACCGGCAUCACGGCAGCCAAACUACUGGAUCUGGACGUCGCCGUGCGUUGUGAGCUCUCCUUGCUCCUCGAAGAGUUCCCGACCAUCAUCCUCAUCACUCUGUUCACUAAAUUCAACAAUGAGAAGAUGAUUCACUUGGUAGUCAAACGUGGUCUGCCCUACUUCCCGAAAAACGACUUGUUAAAGAUGCUGGACGCUCUCGCUCCCGCCGAGAUUAACGCCAUCGAACGUCGAGCUCUCCUUUAA